AUGAAUACGGCCACGGUGACGAGCCUCGAGAGCUCAACCGCCACAUCAUCCCUCCGCAGCACGCACAAUGGCAGCACCAAUUCCAAGGAAACCGCAGAGGAAACUACACCCGAAAAGCGCCGCACCACCGAGGAACUGAGGAGAGCGGUCCAGCGGAAGUACCGGCACGUCGCUGCCGUCCACCACAAGUCGCGCCCUUCCACCCUAAGCCAUGAUUCUGAUGCUGCUCCGAGUUUCAUUGGCUUCAGGAACCUAAUGGUAAUCGUAUUAGUUGUCGGUAAUCUUCGUCUGAUGAUGGAGAACAUCCAAAAGUAUGGAGUAUUGAUCUGUGUUCGUUGCCACGAUUUCCGUCGACAAGAUCUCGCGUUGGGCUUGGGCUUGUACCUCCUCAUCCCCUGUCAUCUGUUUGCCGCAUACUUGAUCGAACUAGCUGCUGCUCAGCAAGCAAGGGGGUUGCGAGCCAAAUCAAAGGAUGGAGCCGCGAGCCCGACACAAGACCAGCGCUCACGAUUCGACUCCACCUGGAAGGUCAUCGCUUGGAUCCACACCGUCAACAUCACGCUUGCUCUGGCUGUGACGUCCUACGUCGUGUACUUCCACAUCUACCAUCCUUUGAUCGGUACCCUAACCCAGCUUCAUGCCUUAAUCGUCUGGCUCAAGACGGCGUCGUACGCCUUUACAAACCGAGACCUGCGACAUGCCUACCUGCACCCUGUCAAGGGUGAACUCGCAGCUAUGCCCGAGAUCUAUCAGCAGUGCCCCUACCCGCAGAAUAUCACGAUGCACAACCUGGCCUACUUCUGGUGGGCACCGACGCUGGUCUACCAGCCGGCGUACCCGAGGACGGACAAGAUCAGAUGGCUGUUUGUCGCUAAGCGCAUGGCGGAGGUGUUUGGUCUGGGCGUUUUUAUCUGGUUCGCGAGUGCACAGUACGCCGCACCGGUAUUGAUCAACUCCCUCGACAAGAUCGCGUCCCUAGAUGUCCCUAAGAUUCUUGAGCGGCUGAUGAAGCUUUCAACCAUCUCCUUGGUUAUCUGGCUCGCCGGCUUCUUUGCUCUGUUCCAGUCUUUCCUCAACGCACUUGCCGAGGUGACUCGUUUUGGCGACCGAUGCUUCUACGAGGACUGGUGGAACAGCGAAAGUCUGGGUGCGUACUGGCGUCUGUGGAACAAGCCUGUCUACCAGUACUUCAAGCGUCACGUCUACUCGCCUCUGAUCGGCCGAGGAUGGAGUUCCAGGGCUGCCCAGCUGGCCGUUUUCUUCGCCUCGGCGGUUCUCCAUGAGGUACUUGUCGGCAUCCCGACUCACAACAUUAUUGGUGUUGCUUUCGCUGGCAUGUUCUUGCAGCUCCCCCUAAUCGCCAUCACCACUCCCCUCGAAAAGAUGCAGACCCCUACUGGCCGCAUGAUCGGUAACUGCAUAUUCUGGGUCUCCUUCACUAUCCUCGGACAGCCGUUUGCUGCUCUGAUGUACUUUUACGCCUGGCAGGCCAAGUAUGGCAGCGUGAGCAGGCAGAUAGCCUGGUCAGCCGCACCAAGCUCGUAA